AUGGGAUCUAUGAAUAGGGUUACGAUGCUGGCAAGCGGGAGGUCCGGGAGGACGGUGAAGGGGAUUGUGGGGACGGGGUGCAAUGCUCUUUUUGUUUUGUAUUUUUUUCUCUUGUUUUGUAUCGUUGUUGCGGUGGCAGAGGAGGUGGAGUCUCAUGAGCGGCAGCUGCCCGCCACGCCGACUUAUUACGGCCGUCUGUUGAUUCAUCCAAACUUUUAUAAACACCCGGAUUCUGCAGACCCGCUGUGGCGUGUGCAGGGUGGGGAGGUUGUGCUCAGUAACGGUGCACACAUUAUGCGCGUGCCAACAAAGAUGGAUGGUUCAUUUGUCCUGCAUGACGUUCCAUAUGGCGCCUACCACCUUCAUGCAGAAUACGCCAACUUUAUUUACCCAACCGUUCGUGUUGACGUCACACAGAAGACGAUACAAGGCAUCGUUAGACCGAUUAUUCGGACCUACAUCAAUGACGGUACAAUGGUGCCUGUGCAAGGGACAGGGCUUGAUGAUGCAUCGCCAGCUAUUAUUCCAUUUACGGGUGUACAUGCGUACUAUGUACCACGGGAGCAAUAUAGUAUUAUGAACUUUUUAAUGAAUCCCAUGAUUCUUUUGAUGCUUGUGUCAAUGGGGAUGAUGGGCCUGAUGCAAUUGGUGCCAGAGGAGGAACGCAAGGAGUCAACACGUGAGAUGCAGAGGCUACGGAGGCAAUUGGCAGGGGAAGACGUAGAGGGCAAAAAGACCCUAACACCAGCCGUCACUGGAAAGAAGUCAGUGUAA